AUGCACGGAACACUAAGGACUAUGGGUAAAAUUGUCGGAGCACCAAAGGGUCACGAUCGUUACAGAGAUCCUGUCACUCAUCAAAUAACACCAGCUCUAUAUAGAGUCAGACAACCAUUCUUUUGGAGAAACACAAUAGGAUUAUUCGCCGUGGGGGCCAUUCCAUUAGCUGUGUAUCUUUACACAUUCCAAAAGAUGACUGAAGAUGAUUUUGGUGAUAUUCCAAUCCCACCAAUUAGUGAUGAAGAAUUGAAGAAGUUGCAAAGUGAAUACGAGGGGAAAACAUAG